GUGAUAAAUGCAUUGAAAUGAUAGCAUAGGGUUUGGAUUUAUCUGACAAUAAAACAUACAUUUCUAUUGGCUUUCAAUUAAAUUUAGUUUUUAUUGAUUUAAUUUGUUUGUCAAAUAUGUUUAGUUCGUGUUUGGCACGUGUUUCACGUGUUUGUGUCUCAUUAAAGACAUCGUUGACCAGUCAUAACAUCUAUAAUGGCAACACAUGUUUGACAACUAUAAGUGUUCGCAACAAUAGCUCUUUCUAUACAAGAAUCAGAGGGGAUCAGCUAUGGAAAGGUGCAAUGGGUGUCAGCAAAACCAGUGCCAAAAGGGGUCGCAAAGGAGGCGGAGGAAAGAUCAUCAAACAUGACUUAAAUAGAGGACAAAGAUUAGGUGUCGGCAGACAUAAGAUGCUAUGGCCGGGACUCAACGCRCCGGUGAUGACCGGCAGACAAACACUUCGACUCAAGUCAUUGGGUAAAGACGAACAAUUUGAUCAGAAUCUGGCCAAUGCCCGUAGCCGUAUGCGCAAAUUUACAGCCGCUAAAGUACAUCCUCUGGAAAGAGGUUGGAGUGGCACCCGAAUGGGUGGUCGUUGGAUUGGACCACCCGAUCCUGUCAAUGGAGAACCGUUUAUUGGAUUCGACACUAAAGUGUUAUAUUUGAAACCCAUUUUUAAAAUGACAGCACUUUUCGGCAAAUAUAAACGUUUUGCUUGUUUAACGUGUUCGGGAAAUAUGAAUGGUUUGGCUGGUUAUGCCGUUAAUAAAGAUGUGGACAGUAAGAAAGCAAUUGUCAAGUCUAAGAAUAAAGCGGCACAAAGACUACAAUAUAUAAAUCUCUGCGAAGGAAAUACCAUUUAUCACAACUUUUAUUCAAAAUUUUUCGCCACAGAACUGUUUGUCCGUAAAAUGCCGAAAGGGUAUGGCAUUCGUGCCCAUCGAUGUGUUACAGCUAUCUGUGAGGUGUUAGGUAUUACUGAUAUUCACUGUAAAGUCGAGGGUGGAAAUCGCGCCCAAAGAAAUUAUUUGCAUAUAACUCGAGCUUUUUUUAAUGGUCUUAUGAAACAAAAGAGUUAUCAGGAAAUGGCUGAUGAAAAACGACUUAAUGUUGUCGAACUGGUCGGCAAAUAUGAAUUUCCUAAAGUAUUGGCCAGACCUACAAGUGGUUGUCGUACUGAUGAAGAGAUAAGUGCUGAUGAACUUCUUGAUUACAAUAUGUAUAUUUAUAACGGAAGAGUUAUACAACCGCCCAAAGAAAGACCAAUGUUUUAUACAAAAGACAAUUCGUGGGAAACGUAUAUAAAGAGAUGGCAAUAUAGACAACAUCAACAACACCAACGAAUUAAUCUUAUCGCCAAAUAUGGAUCACUUGAGAGCUAUUUAACUCAAUUAGAUAGACAAAGACUUAGUGCUAAAAAGGCUCAUUUAAUUAACAAAUUAGCCAAAGAUGAGUCUAAUGAAGAAGCAAAAGAAGAAACUCAGAUAUAAAAUAUAUAUA